AUGUACUACAUCUGCUUGCUUGGCCCCACUGCCCGACACUGGCAGGGUCGAGUAUCUACGUUUAAGGCGCGGCUCAGUCAGCUUGGUAUCAAGGACUUCGCCGAAUCAUGCCAGGACUUCGACAUCAAAGGUGGCAUAUAUGGCGACGGCAAUGAUGGCCAGGCCGCAUAUUCCCAGGAGGAAAAUACCGAGAUGGCCGAAAGAGGGGGUUCUCCGAGCCAUUAUCCAAGGGAGGACGAAGAUUCAAUGAUACCUCUUCUGGAGGAAGGUCGUCAUGGCUGGAGUGGCGGCAUAAGAGAAUCUACAGCGCGUUGUGAAUUCGGCAUUGUUGGUAGCACCGGGGUUGGGAAAUCGUCGCUCAUUAAUGCUAUUGCUGAUGAAGAGAAUAUUCUUGCGACGAACUGCAUGUACACCUCUAGUGCUGUGGCGACGGAGUUGACGUAUAACGAUGGGGAAUUCAAGUACAAGGCGCGCAUUGAGUUUAUUCAAUGCAGCGAGUGGGAGCACGAGCUACGGGUUCUCCCUAAGGAGAUUUUUGAUAGUAUGGGGGAUAUUCUUGACGAGAAUGUUCCGAAAGAUUCUAAUGCUGGUAUUGCUCUUGACAAGAUCAAGGAUGUGUAUCUUUCGUUGGAGCUGGAGAAUAUCGUGAGCACAUCCGUUGAGAAGCUUCUGGAGAGUACGAAUGUUUUGAGUCUGCUUGGGACUAUCUUGAUCUUAGAAGAGAACAAUCCUAGGGUCUUCUCUAGGAAGUUGAAGUCCUACAUCGACAGUAAGGGGAGGACGCGCGGCCCGAAGAGAUCUUCACAGAAGGAUAGUGAUAUAGGGCUCUGGCCGCUCGUUAGCGUGGUCCGAAUUUAUGUUAAGGCAAAGGCCUUGUCGACUGGGGCUAUGCUGGUCGACUUGCCUGAUGUUUUUGACUCGAACCCUGCGCGUGUGGCCGUUGUGGAAGACUAA